GCGGUCCACAGGGUGUCAUGGCGUCGAAGGAGGCUGAGCUCCAACUACAAAAACAUCACAUCGGCGACAUCAAAGUUUCAUCGACACUCCAUUCGUGAGGCUUUUUUUCCUCGAACGAGUCCUGAAUAUUUAUGAGCUCCGGGCGACGACAUAAGCUGAUGUAAACACCGGCCCCGAGCACAAGCACAAGAUGGAGAAGCCCGUCCUACAGACGCAGCCGUCUACCCUGCCCUUUUUUGACACGGCCCACGCCUUCAACCUGCUGCGCGGGAUCCACGAGCUCCGCGCCGAGAGGAAGUUUUUUGACGUGACUCUGUGCGCUGAGGGCCGUGAGUUCCACUGCCACCGUACGGUGCUGGCCGCCGCCAGCACCUACUUCCGGGCCAUGUUCGCUGGGACGCUGCGGGAGAGCGCCAUGGACAGGGUGGUUCUCUACGAGGUCUCGGCAGAGCUUUUGGGACUUCUUGUGGACUUCUGCUACACGGGACGCGUCACCGUAACACAGGACAAUGUGGACCUGCUGCUGAAAACGGCGGAUCUGUUUCAGUUCCCGUCAGUCAAGGAGGCCUGCUGCGCUUUUCUGGAACAGCGUCUGGACGUUUCCAACUGUUUAGAAAUUCAGGACUUUGCAGAGGCCUACGCUUGCCGAGAGCUGGCGACCAGCGCUCGCCGCUUCGUCCUCAAGAACUUGAUGGAUCUGGCCAAAGGGACAGACUUUGAGCGCUUGCCAUGGAAGCGCCUGCUGGAGUUUGUGUCGGACGACGAGCUGUGCGUGGACAAGGAGGAGACGGUUUAUCAGAUCGCCGUGCGAUGGGUGAAGGCCGACCUCCAGCGGCGGCUCCACUACUGGCCCGAGCUCCUCCAGCAGGUGCGACUGCCUUUCGUCAGGAGGUUCUUCCUGUUGGCCCACGUGGAGAGCGACCCGCUGGUGUACCUGUCGCCCACCUGCCUCCGCAUGGUGAACGAGGCCCGCAGCUUCCAGUCCUGCGAGUACGACCGCCACGACCGGCCGUGCCGCCGCAUGCGCCCACGGCCGUCCACGGGACUGGCCGAGAUCCUGGUGGUGGUGGGCGGCUGUGACAAGGACUGUGACGAGCUGGUCACCGUUGACUGUUUCAACCCGCAGACGGGCCAGUGGCGCUACUUGGCCGAGUUCCCGGACCACCUGGGGGGAGGCUACAGCAUAGCAGCCCUCGGGAACGACAUGUAUGUCACCGGGGGUUCCGACGGCUCACGCCUCUACGAUGGCGUGUGGCGCUACAAGUCCAGUGUAAACGAGUGGACAGAGGUGUCGCCCAUGCUGAAGGCGCGUGAGUACCACAGCUCGUGCGUGCUGAAGGGCCAGCUGCACGUGGUGGCGUCGGACAGCACCGAGCGAUACGACCACACGCUGGACUGCUGGGAGGCGCUGCCGCCCAUGCUUCAUGCCAUGGACAACUGUUCCACCACCACAUGCGGCGGGCGCCUCUACGCCAUCGGCUGCCUGGCCGGCGAGGACACCAUGGCCGUCCAGAGCUACGACCCGGAGAGCAAGCGUUGGUCCAUCGUCAACUGCGGGCAGCUGCCGCCGUGGUCCUUCACCCCGAAAACGGUGACCCUCAACGGCCUCAUCUUCUUUGUCAGGGAUGACUUGGCAGAGGUGGACGUCUAUAACCCUCAGAAGAACGAGUGGGACAAGAUCAGUCCAAUGAACCAGGUCCACGUGGGGGGCAGCGUGGCAGCGCUGGGCGGCAAACUGUUUGUGUCGGGCGGCUACGACAACACAUUCGAGCUGUCGGAUGUGGUGGAGGCGUACGACCCGGCCACGCGUGCCUGGUGCGUGGCGGGCCGCCUCCCCCAGCCCACCUUCUGGCACGGCAGCGUCAGCAUCUUCCGCCAGUUCAUGCCGCUGGUGUCCAGCGCCUUCGAGCCCACCGACGUCCCAGACGCCAACGCCAUCCACCUGCACCGCCACCAGCGCCAGCAGGCCCUCCACAAUCUGAACAACAACCUGAACCAGAACCAGGAGGUGAACGCGGCGCUCUGAGGUUUGGAUGCCAUCCGCUAUCCCCGUGGACCUUUUACGUCACGGCCAUGCUGAAACACGAAGAACCCACGCGUCAUUUGAACGAUGAGCCUCUCAGGCUGCUGUCAUCCAUAUCCGAGGAAACGUCAUCAGCAUGCAGUGCUCACCUUGUAACCACAGUUCGACUGUGUGCCUUCAUUUCCCGCCGCCAUUCAUCCAAAAUGCUAAUUAGCAAGCUGACUUGUCUUCGGCUGUGUCUCAACUGGCGCACUUCCGUACGUGCGUUCAAGUGCGCUGUCAGUACCCGCAGCUACGGGUACUUUCCACCCUCGGUAGUCGCCAUCUCGGCUAAUUAGCGGAAAGGGGGGGACUAACGCCAGUGGUUGCAAUUGAUAAAAAGGAGAGAAGAAAAGGAUAGGCUGGGAUAGGCUCCAGCAUGCCCCUGCAACCCUAAUGAGGAAGAAGCGGUAUAGAAAAUGGAUGGAUGGAUGGAAGAAAAGGAAGCGGGUAUAUGUUGCAGUCGCUGUUAAGUGCUGGUAAGUGCGCAACAAGCAGUUCACUUUGGAACUACGUACACAGUGCCCACAGUGUUUUUUUGUUUUUUUUUAUUAAUUUGCGGCACAUUCUAAAUAUAUAAUUAAGAAGACAAAAAUAAAAAUGAAAAAAACCAGCAAAAAGACAAAAAUCAGCAGUAAGUUUACAAGAGUAAAAUCAAAAUAUUCACACCUUUUUUUUGAUCUAACAAGAAAAAGAAAAAACAUCAUAUAGUUGCAUAAAGUUGAAUAUGAAAGAAAAAAAAGGUUUUUAAAAAGUUGUAUUUUUUUAUGAGAAAAAAGCAAAACGAAAUAAAGUUAGAAAUUUUGGAAAAUCAGACUGGAGGAAAGUUAUAAUGUUAGAAUAAGGUCAAGAAUAAGAAUAAGGUCAAAAUAUUAUGGGAAUAAAGCCAUAAUACUACAAGAAGAGAAUUGACAAGAUGAAAGGUGAAAUUGUUUUGGGGAAUAAGAGUGGUUAUAUUGUAAAGAGAAAAAGUUUAAAUAUUUAUUAAAACAUUUCCAUUUUUAAAAGUCAUAAUAUUACAAACUAAAGAAAAUAAAGUUGUCAAUUUUAGAAAAAUGUCAACUCUUGGCUGCUAAAAGGACGUGAUUUUUCUUCACAGUAUCACAAGUUUAUUCUCAUAAAAUGAAACUUUCUCGUUAGAAUACGACUUUUUUCUCUCGAUAUUUUGACUUUAUUCGCAUAAAAUUUGUUGUUUUUUCAAUUUCUGCUGGGGGGGUUUCCCAACUAUUUAAACGUUUUCUCUUUCUCACUUUAUAUCCAUAAUAUUCUGACUUUUUUCCCAUAUUAUAACUUUUCCCCCAACCUAAUUUUCAAAAAAUUGAAACUUUGUGUUUUUUAGUUUCUCAUAAUAUUACGCCUUUUAAAAAAAAAUGUGUUUUAAAAAAAAAAAUUUCAAGACCAUGCUACUAAAAUUAUUUUUUCCUCAUAAUAUUGAAGUUUAUUCUUAACAUUUUUGGAAAAAACAUUUUCUUGUAGCAUUUUUCCAAAAAUUACAACUUUAUUUGUUUGGUUUGUUUCUCAUAAUAUUUCAACUUUAUGCUACUUAUUUACAUUAUUUUCCCCCAUAAUAUUACAUUAUGCAGAAUUAUGUUUUUUUCUCUUAAUAUUUAGACUUUAUUUUUGUAAAGUUAUGGCUGUUUUUUUCCAUUUCUGCUGCCCCCCCCACCCCAAAAAAAAAUAUUUAAACUUUCUUGUAAACUUUCUUCUAGUAAUUCUGACUCUAUUCUCAUUAUAUUUUGACAUUUUCUUGUCAUGUUUUUCCCAAAAUUACAACUUUAUUGGUUAUUUUGUUUGUGAUUAAUAUUCCAAAUAUUACAACUUUUUUAACAAACAUUUUUCUUUAAUAUUUCAACUUUCUGCUACUUAUUGACAUUAUUUUUCCCCAUAAUGUCACAUGGGUAUUCUUGCAGAAUUAUGGCUUUUUCUCCUUAGAUGACAAUAUUUUUCUCAUAAUAUUUAGACUUUAUUCUUGUAAAAUUAAUGCAGAUUUUUCAGUUUUUCUUUUUUUUUUCUUCUUAAGUCUUUAAAUUAGAUUUUUAUAGUGUGCCUGCAAGCCGCACUUUGGACACCCCUGUAUUUCAUGAACCAAAAAGGACCCCCUUCCAACAACACCGACAAUGGUACUCGUGUGCGUUGGGCGACAGAACCGCACGCCACGAGCUUGGUGCGACAUUUACAUUCCGUCAACGACAAUCAGCGCUAAUAGUUUACACUGAUCUUGAAUACGCCAACGUGUGCAGUUGCUGCAUUGAUUAAGAGGGAUUGAUAGAAUAGUUAGCAGAGGGCGCUGACGGUUCAUCGGCGCAUGGGAAGCUGUGCAUGGAAACAGGAGUCCUUAACAUCCAAACUUCUUUAUGGUUCUGCGUCCAUCCAAUGUUUACAGCGUGUUUAGCUGGAAGUGACGGCGAGGUGUACUCUACUAACCCAAAGAGUCAAGUGUCUUUUUGUGUGUGUGUUUUGGGUUUUUUUUACAAUGAAAAACAAAUGCAUGAGUGUUUUAAAUGUAUUUAAGCAAGUGCAGAGUGAUGCAUUCACCUGGAGUGUAUAAAUGUAUGUCUAUAUUUAAAAUGGAAAGUCAAUCAGACGUCUGUGUUCUGUUUAAUUCCAAAUAAGUGUUUGUUGGACUGUCCGUGGGUUGUGGGGGGGAGUUUUUGUGUGUUUUUUUCCUUCAGGUCAGCAGCGGUAAGUCUCAUUCCCUCCAUAUGCAGUAUGUUACAGUGGAUACCAUGGCCUUCAUAUUUCAUCAUGUCUUUUCCAUCAGUGUUGCAACGUGAA